UUAUUAUUUAAAGGGUAGCUCGGCUGCCCUUUUCGCUCAUCAUAUCCACUAAAUAGAAGGAACAGAAACAUCACCAGUUUUUCUUGUGAUCAUUAUAGUUAUAGGAACCAACCAACCCCAUCUUCUUUUUAUCAAGAGCCCCCUGUUUCUCUUUGUUUUCGAGAUCGCACUUUUGUAGGCUUGUUUUCAGGAAUCUACACCCACACACAAAGAAAAAUUGGAAAUGGUGGCUUUGGUGUCUCAAGAAAACAUGGUUGCUUUGGUUUCUCGCACCGGAAGGCAUUUGCAACGCUACUACAAGGGUCGUCGCCAAGUUGUAGGAUGUAUACCGUACAGAUACUCGGAAGAAGCACGAGAGUUAGAAGUUCUUGUCAUCAGUUCACAGAAAAGCGACAGGAUGUUGUUCCCAAAGGGAGGUUGGGAAAUGGACGAAUCCAUAACAGAGGCGGCUUCACGAGAGACCGUAGAGGAAGCAGGGGUACGAGGCAUUAUUGAGCGUGAAUUGGGUAAAUGGAGCUUCAAGAGCAAAACCCAUGAUACUUACUAUGACGGAUACAUGUUCCCUUUGCUUGUGCGAGAGCAGUUAGAUUUCUGGCCGGAGAAGAAAUUUCGCCAAAGAAAAUGGAUGAGUGUGCAAGAGGCUAGAGAAGUUUGUCAACAUUGGUGGAUGAAGGAGGCCCUAGAUAAAUUUGUAAGUCGGCUGACG